CUUUGUGGGCGUGUCAUAAAUCUAAGGGAGAUAAUUUGUAAACAAUAUGGCUGACGUUCCUGACAAUGCACCACAACAUUGUCCUGGAACAAAGAGUGAAACAGCUGGUAAAGUUGAUGCAUGUUCAGGUUGUCCAAACCAGUCCAUUUGUGCCAGCAGCUUACCAAAGGGACCAGAUAAAGAUGUGGGGGAAAUCAAGAAAAGACUAUCAUCUGUGAAACAUAAAGUCAUAGUUUUAUCUGGAAAAGGAGGUGUUGGGAAAAGUACAUUUACAGCUCAUCUGGCACAUGGACUAGCUUCAGGGAAUGAAAAACAGAUUGGUGUCUUAGAUGUUGAUAUAUGUGGUCCAUCCAUUCCUAGAAUACUUGGUGUUGAAGGAGAGCAGGUUCAUCAGAGUGGAUCAGGAUGGUCUCCUAUUUAUGUAGAAGACAAUUUAGCGGUGAUGUCUGUUGGCUUUUUGUUAUCAAGUCCAGAAGAAGCAGUUAUUUGGAGGGGUCCAAAGAAAAAUGGAUUGAUAAAACAGUUUCUACGAGAUGUAGAUUGGGGAGAAUUAGAUUAUUUGAUAAUUGACACCCCUCCAGGAACCUCUGAUGAACAUUUGUCUGUAGUUCAGUAUCUAAGUGAAUCCUCAGUUGAUGGUGCAGUUGUUAUUACAACCCCUCAGGAAGUGUCUUUACAAGAUGUAAGGAAAGAAAUAGGAUUUUGUAGAAAAGUUAAUCUACCCAUCAUUGGUGUAGUGGAGAACAUGAGUGGUUUUGUUUGUCCUAAGUGUAAGACUGAGUCCCAAAUAUUUCCACCAACAACUGGUGGUGGUGAAAAAAUGGCAGCUGAACUUGAUAUACCAUUUCUAGGGAAACUCCCAUUAGAUCCAAGAAUAGGUCAAUGUUGUGAUGAAGGAAAGUCUUAUCUGACGACAGUACCAGAUUCUCCUGCUACCAAAGCUUACAUUGAUAUUAUAAAUAGAAUUGAAAAGUAUUGUGAUAAUUUUGUAUCCAGUCGAAACAGUGAUACAGGAGAGAAGUCAAAAGAAUAAAAAAAAAACCAAUCAAUCUAAUAAACUUGUGCUGCACUGGAAAAUGGAUUUUUUACACCGUCUUGUGCCAAGAAUGUUUAAUGUAUUAAGACAAUAUUGGUGCAUCUUAAAGAAUAGAAUUUCAUAACAACAUUAACAAAUCUUUUGAAUAAAACAUCUUUUAAUUA